UGUUGUUGUUGUUGUUGUUGUUGUUGUUGUUGUUGUUGUUGUUGUUGUUGUUGUUGUUGUUGUUGUUGUUGUUGUUGUUGUUGUUGUUGUUGUUGUUGUUGUUGUUGUUGUUGUUGUUGUUGUUGUUGUUGUUGUUGUUGUUUUAAUGUACCAUCCCCUGUCUUUUUAACAGAGAAAUUUUUAGUUUAUAACAUUUCACGCUGCAGAAAGGAUUUUUUCGCACAUUGCUAAAAAAAGUUCAUAAAAUUGCCACUUUAUUUUUACAUCUGACAUUUCAAAGCUUGGCUGCCCAAGACUGACUAAAACAUUCGUAACAAUUCAUCCAUAGAAUAUGUAAAAGUAUGUAAGGAUAACAAUCGCUUUUGUAUUCCAGUAAUCUGUAAUAUGAACUACUCCCUCGAAACUUCUUAUAACAAAUAGCUUUUUUUCAUAUCCAUUUUAGUUCCGCGAAAAACAAACGGAACAAAAGCUAAGUUGGUGGGUUACUGUUUCCUGGUUAGUUUCUAUAGUUUUGGAAAAGAAAAUGCGAAAUAGCACAGUUAGCAUAGUUAAAAUGAGGUACAAAAUCUUUUGAAACCCGAUAGGAAUUCUGUAGAAGGUUUAUCUACAGCCCACUAGCUACGUUAAUACCAACAUUAUUACGAAAAAUCAUAUUUGCAUUAGCAUUAUUUACCUUGGUAAUAUUGUUUCGAAGUUUACCAAUGUUUAGUUUCGAGGUCUAGGGUUAAAUAAACAUUUGACGUAAGCAUUUUUGAAGCUCUUUAAUCUAUAUUUUGCGGUAUUUUCUGAUUAGAUUAAUUGAGACUGUCCUAGUGAAAGCAUAUAAUUUAACGAUCACACAUAUCCAACAGUAAAAUGAAUAUGGUACUCCACUUCACCCUCAUCUUAUCAUACUUCUAUUACAUUAAGGCAGUAAAGAAUCAGACAGAAAGAGGUACAAGCAGCUGCUUACACUAUCUUUUCCAAACACAAGAAGCGUCUAGUCAAAAAAAAUGCUUUCAAAUGUCAACAGAGUUCUACAAAAUAAAAAAAAGAUGUUUCAAAGAGUAUCGUAAGACAUGCAGCGGUCCCACAAUGCUGCGAAGACUCCUUGUAAAGGCCAAUAACAAUCUUGGUACCGAUAGCUUUCAUUACCUUCUACGACUCCAUACGUCAAAAGAAGAAGAUAAAAAUGGCUGCUGGGGCGCUUUACUUAACUAUAAAACAACUGACGGCGACGUCAAUAAAUGCAUGUACAAAAAAAACAUGAAAGGAGACUCGGACUUUAUAUUUUCAUUUUACACAAACAAAACUUAUGCAUUGAAUGUAACAUUGUUACCGACUGGGAACAUGAUAUCAACCACUUGGACAUCACCAAGUCAUUGCCAACUAUCCGCUUCUUCCUAUAUUGGCGAAGUUAUUGCAAAGAAGUUCAAAUCUCAUAAUUACUGCUUUAAUAAAGGUCCACCUGGUUUAGUAAGCACCUUUGCAAAGAUGCAAUGCGAGAAACAUGGUUAUAAUCAGUUUGAAGUCAUAAACAUGCUAACCAAGCAACUCCAAGUGACCAGUGAUUGCAGGUUCCGUUUAGUGAAAGGGAUUGAUCACGAAAAAAAGGGAAAAUCAAAUCAAGAAACAACAAAUCAGGAAGAAUCAAAAGACCACUCUUUGACAAUUACUUUUAUCAGUGUAUCUAUAUUGUUUAUUCUUCUUGUAAGCGCAGCAUAUCUUGUUGUACGGUAUAGAAGGAAAUCAACUAUAUUGCUUGCAAAGUCCCAAGAUUGUCUUGAAACACAAAGAUUUGUCCAGGUCUCGAAAUCAGAUAAUGGUGGUACAUCGGUUAUGAUUUUAAACCGCCCUGGAUGUGAGCUUUUGGAGGAAUUUCUUUGCGAUUUUGCCUUUGUACUCAGUUCUUAUGGAAUUAGCGUAAAGAUGGCAUUACUCGAACAAAAUGAGAUUGAUGCGGACGGAGGAAUAGCCUCGUAUAUGCAGAAACAUAUUAAUAAAUGCGACUACAUUCUUAUUAUGUGCACGGAAAACACAAACGAAAAGGAAGAGAUUAUAAAACACAGGCCUUACGAGUUUGCAUUGAAAAUUAUUGGAGGAUUGGCAUUUCAUCAAAACGACUCUUCUCGUUACAUUCCAAUGUAUUUAUCAUCGUAUAAAGAAUCAGUCAACAUCAUACCAUCAUUUUUAAAUGCAUCAACAUCGUUUGGAUAUCAGUUGCCACAAGAUAUGAAAAAGUUACUUUUGAGAAUUACAACUGAAGAGCAGUUUCAAGCAACCAGUGAAAGGACGGUGAAAGAUGAAUUUUUUAUCAAUAGAAUGAAUGAACAUAGGAGAAAGAUAAUUACAAAGGAGCAUCCGCAUUGCAUUAAAGAAUACUGCACAAAGGGUACAAACUAUGGCAGUAUAGUGAACCUUUCAUCAUUAUGGCCAACAACUGAUCAAUCUUCUAAAUGGUCCACUUUUUCAUUUUCGUCAGACGAUGUUAUAAAAGAUCAAACGCCGCACGAAAAUGUAUUGGAUGUAUGAACCAUCUUGAUUUAAUUUUUACAAGAUAAAAAUCAUAUCAGCUAUAUUUUGUAAUAACACUGUGUAAACUAUUUAAAUUUGUAAAUUGUGUACUGAAAUAUAUUUAAACUUCGUUCUCGUCCUUUUAAAAUCUUUAGUUGUUAUUGAUAACAAAGCUAUUUUUGCCUUUAUUCUAUUUUUUUACCCAUUCCUAAUGAUACAAGACUCAGAGAUACUCGAAUGACAUAUCAUUCUAUACGUUUUAAUGGACACUGAAUAAUACAAGGUCAACAAGUCUCGUUGGUAGUCAUUCAAGUCAUGCAACAUCGCACUCAUAAUGGAUGACGUUGUCAUACUUGUUUCAUCAUGCAGAUCGAUCUCAUCAUUUAAUGGUGUUGGAAGCGUUAUAUAUUCGUCAAAUUAAACCAACUUUGAACACAAAGGACGAAUAUAAAAGUCAUACAUUAGUUAUUAAAAUGUAAUAAUGAACGACGUCUUCAGGGAUGUUGGCAAUAAUUUAUUGUAAUUUUUGUUUAAAAUCUGAUUUAGAUGUGUUGUAACAUUCGUUAGUAUUUGUUUUUAGCUGUGCAUAUUUUUUUAAUAAAACUGCUUGUAAAUUUUUAUUUAUGUGUUUUAUACAAAAUGAAGAUGAGUUACAAAAACUUGAUAUUCUUGAGAAUAACCUAUUUUCUAUGUCCUUCUUACUUCCUACAACCUAUGUCCACGAAGAGAAAUUUUGCAAAUUAGUAAUUUUAUCAUAGUAUGCACACGUCAACAAGUCUCGUUGGUAGUCAUUCAAGUCAUGCAACAUCGCACUCAUAAUGGAUGACGUUGUCAUACUUGUUUCAUCAUGCAGAUCGAUCUCAUCAUUUAAUGGUGUUGGAAGCGUUAUAUAUUCGUCAAAUUAAACCAACUUUGAACACAAAGGACGAAUAUAAAAGUCAUACAUUAGUUAUUAAAAUGUAAUAAUGAACGACGUCUUCAGGGAUGUUGGCAAUAAUUUAUUAUAAUUUUUGUUUAAAAUCUGAUUUAGAUGUGUUGUAACAUUCGUUAGUAUUUGUUUUUAGCUGUGCAUAUUUUUUUAAUAAAACUGUUUGUAAAUUUUUAUUUAUGUGUUUUAUACAAAAUGAUGAUGAGUUACAAAAACUUGAUAUUCUUGAGAAUAACCUAUUUUCUAUGUCCUUCUUACUUCCUACAACCUAUGUCCACGAAGAGAAAUUUUGCAAAUUAGUAAUUUUAUCAUAGUAUGCACACGUCAACAAAAAAGCUCGUAAGCUUGGAAAAUACAGUCAAAUGGAAACAAACCUUAAUUUUUUUCGACAGAGAAGACAAGGUAAAUAAAAAAAGGUGGAAAGUAAUUGCGACAUGCCAUGUCGUCAAUAAGAUUUUUACGGCGUAAUAAGAUACAAUGUUAUGUUUGUGUUUGUUAUUUGACAUGUCGUCAAUAAGAUUUUUACGGCGUAAUAAGAUACAAUGUUAUGUUUGUGUUUGUUAUUUGACAUGUCGUCAAUAAGAUUUUUACGGCGUAAUAAGAUACAAUGUUAUGUUUGUGUUUGUUAUUUGACAUGUCGUCAAUAAGAUUUUUACGGCGUAAAAAGAUACAAUGUUAUGUUUGUGUUUGUUAUUUGACAUGUUGUCAAUAAGAUUUUUACGGCGUAAUAAGAUACAAUGUUAUGUUUGUGUUUGUUAUUUGACAUGUCGUCAAUAAGAUUUUUACGGCGUAAUAAGAUACAAUGUUAUGUUUGUGUUUGUUAUUUGACAUGUCGUCAAUAAGAUUUUUACGGCGUAAUGAGAUACAUAUUAUGUUUGUGUUUGUUAUUUGACAUGUCGUCAAUAAGAUUUUUACGGCGUAAUAAGAUACAAUGUUAUGUUUGUGUUUGUUAUUUGACAUGUCGUCAAUAAGAUUUUUACGGCGUAAUAAGAUACAAUGUUUUUUUUAUUACUCAAGUUAUGUAUUUUUUUAUAAAUAAAUACAAUCUAAAAAUUGUUACUUCAAUACAAAAGCAUUUAACAAACAUAAUAAACAAAAUAAAUUAGAUAUAGAUUUAACAGUUCAUUAACUUGGUACAACCGAACUACUUGAUACAACUUGACAACUCACUCAAAACAAUAUCAUCCCCCAUUUCGAUUCUUUUAUAAAUCCCUCUCGAACCUCUCAAACA